AUGAAGAUAGACUCGACGACAGAAGAGCCUAUUCCUGCUCCUAUGACGAUCGCAGAAUUGAAGGAGAUUGCGUCGGCCAAGCUGCCACCGGCGGUUCGAGAUUAUUACAAUGGAGGGGCUAUGGACAUGAUCACGUAUGACCAUGACCCUGAUCCGAUCACCCACCACAUGCCUCAGUCCAAAGGCAAGGGGUGGUAG